AAAUGCAAAUUGUGGAUGAUUAUAACUUCUAUUUUCCUAACAUUUGUUCUCGUGAUUGUUCUGAGUUUAACGCUUUAUUCAGUGAUUUACAUAGAUGAAGAUGAAUACUGGCAUCCUGAAUUGAUAGCAAGUGGUAAUCAUCACAAUUUUUCAGGAAUAAUAAAAAUUAAUUGUGAUAAGCCUGACCUGUUGCUUGCAGAAUCAGCAUAUGACUCAUAUCAGCUUUCUGAACAUCUUAGUAAGAAGCUUAUAGAUGUCUACAGUCACUCGCCUGCUCUUGGACGAUAUUUUAUCACUGCUGAAGUUAUUUCCUUCAGUUAUAGAAACAAUACUGCAUCUUACAAUUUGUGUUUCCGAGUGCCACCUGAGACUGAAGAGUUCAUGGAAUACAGAAUGAACAAAAAGUUUGUGUUGAACAUUUUAAGGCAAAAUAUUUAUGACCAAGAAGGAAUGUAUAACCUGGAUGUACCUGGAUGUAGCAUCAUGACACUUGACCCAACUUCUCUUUCACUAACACAAAUUUAGGUUGUUGGUACAAAAGAAAGAAAAAAAUGUAAGCAGGCUGCCGGAGCCUGAGAAUGACCGAGGAGGAAUGUUCAGUAAUGAAGUCUGUGAUAUUUUCUUCAAAGGAUGCUGCAGAUGGUUUCCGAUAUACUUUGUGACCUCUUAUUCAGAUCAGUAAUGCCAAGAAAAUAUCACUGUAUGCACCAAGUGGACAAGAUGAUGGCUGCAUAUGAAGAACCAAAUCCAGGUUUUUGAACAGCACAGAGACUCAGCAGAUGGCUAUCAGGUUACAAAGAAUUAUUCAGAGCAUUUCAAAUAAUUAUUCAAGUCUAUACAAAACAUUUUAGAAGAUGUUAAAAGAUGUUAAACGCCUUCAUGAGACGAGGACUGAAUGUUCAUACACAUUCAGUCCUCAUAUGCAUACACAUGCUCAGCCUCAAGCUGUUUCUUAGUGCAACGAGUCAAUUUGGUGGACAAGCCCUGCAGGAAAUAUAUGAGGAGCACUGCCUCUAGAGGAAUAAGGUCAUAGCUCAGUGGUAGAGUAUUUGCUUAGCAUGCAGAACGUAUGGUAUCUCUGGGUAGGACUGGGAAAGACUCCCUGCAUGCAAUCCUGGAGAGCUGCUUCCAGGUGGAAUAGACAAUACUGAGUUAGAUGGUCUGACUCAGUAGAAGGCACCUUCUUAUGUACCUAUGAGACAUAGAACAUCAUUUCAUGCAUAUGCUUAUCUGAGGGAAGGUAGGGUGCCUCCUUAUCUUAAGGAGGUUAUCAUUAGACCAAACUUGAAAAAACCUACAUUGGACCGUUCAGAGUUAGGCAACUAUAGGCCUGUCCCUAAUCUCCCAUGGUUGGGCAAGGUGAUUGAGAGGGUGGUGGCCUCUCAGCUCCAGACAGUCCUGGAAGAAACUGAUUAUCUAGACCCAUUUCAAACUGGCUUUAACAUGGGCUAUAGGGUUGGGACUGCCUUGGUCGGCUUGAUGGAUUAUCUUCAAUUAGGUAUUGGCAGAGGGAGUAUGACUCUGCUGAUCCUUUUGGCUCUCUCAGCACUUUCAAUACCAUUGACCAUGGUAUCCUUCUGGAUCGCCUGAGGGAGGUGGGAUUAGGUGACACUGUUCUACAGUGGUUCCAUUUCUACAUCUCUGUGGAAGAGAGGGAGGAACAUUCCAGAUGGUGUUACUUGGAGAUUGUUGCUCUGCCAAGCAAGAGUUACACUAUGGAGUUCUAGAAGGCUCCAUACAGUCUCCAAUGCUCUUUAACAUCUCUACAUGAAACUGCUCGGAGAGAUCAUCAGGAAAUUUGGUGCAGGGUGUUAUCAAUAUACUGAUGGCACCCAAAUCUAUUUCUCCCUAUGAACUUCAUCAGAAAAUGGCGUAAUUUCUCUAAAUGCCUGCCUGGAGGUGGCAAUGGGCUGGAUGAGGGAUAACAAACUGAAGUUGAAUUCAAAUAAGACAUGGGUAGGGAGUGUAGGGGCUUUACAUUCCUCCUGAAAGAUCAGGUGCAUAGCUUGGGAGUGCUCUUGGAUCCAAACUCAAAUUGGUAGUGGCCAGGAGCACUUUUUAUCAGCUUCAGCUGAUACAUCAGCAACACCCAUCUCUGGAGGUAAAUUACCUUAAAAUGGUCACAUAUGCUGGUGACAUCCAGGCUUGACUACUGUAAUGCACUCUAUGUGGGACUGCCUUUGUAUAUAGUUUGGAAAUUACAACUGGUACAGAAUGCAGCAAUGAGGUUGGUUUCUGAGACAACAUGAAAGGCCCAUAUAACACUGAUUCUGAAAGAAUUGCACUAGCUGCCAAUAUAUUUCCAAGCAAAAUACAAAGUGCUAGUCAUUACCUAUAAAGCCCUGAACGGCAUAGGUCCAGGGUAUUUAAGAAACCAUCUUCUUUGCCAUGAACCCUGACUCCUAUUAAGAUCAUCUGGGGAGGUCCAUUUAUGUUGCCACCGGUUCGUCUGGGGACAACUUGGGGCCUGGCCUUCUCUGUGGCUGCCCCAGAGUUUUGGAAUGCACUCCUUGUCAAAAUAAGAGCUUCUCAAUCUCUGACUGCUUUUUAAAAAGUCCCUUAAGAUACACCUGUUUUCUCAGGCUUUUAAUUAAAAUUAAUUUAAACUGUUUGUUUUAUCCUGUGUACUUAUUUGAAUUGCUGUGAAUUGUAUUUAAUUGUUCUUAUUCUGUGAAAGUGUUUUGUUUAUUUUUGUUUUUAUAUUGUAAUACGGAUUGUAUACACCGCCUAGAGAUGUAUAUAUCAGGCAGUAUAUAAUUAAUUAAAAUACAUAGGUAUUUCAUGCAUAGACACUUGUGGUGCAUCAGUUAGGAGGCUGUUCCUAAGUUGCUCACCAUGCUGCUAAGUUGUGUGAACUUAACAAGAAACAAAUGUGCAUUUGUUCUACAAUAAAAUUGAUCAUGCAGAAA